AUGGAAGAAGGCAUUGAUAACCCCGCAUUCACCACCUUGGGUGAGGUGGGCUUACAAUCCGUUGAUAAAGAAAUCAGUAAGGUUAAAGAUGAAGUGAAGGAGGACGCACAUGCCCACCAUGUAGACGAAGAGUUCAAAGAGGGUCCAUGUGGAUGGGGCAAAUUUACACCAAGCUUUCUGCAGUGCUGCAACAAUCCCAAGGGGUAUCUAGUGAUGUACAGCCUCCUGGCUGUUAUGCAAGGUACGGCUGUAAACGGUUUGGUGAAUGUGGUCAUUUCAACUAUUGAGAAACGCUAUGAAUUAAAAAGUUCCCUAACAGGUUUGGUUGCAGCAAGUUACGACAUUGCAUUCUCUCUUUUGGCGCUUGUGGUCUCAUUUUAUGGACAAAGAGGUCACAAACCAAGAUGGCUUGCCUUUUCUGCUUUGAUGAUUGGCCUAGGAGCCCUCGUUUUUUCCUUGCCUCAUUUUACCAGUGGAACAUACCAGUAUGGAAACAGAUAUAAUGAUUUUUGUGAAAGGUCAGGAAAUAGCUCCGGCCUAGAGAACUGCAUUGACAAAUCAGGUUCUUCCUUAUCUAACUACCUCUAUGUAUUUAUUUUGGGUCAGCUGCUCAUGGGAGUUGGAGGAACUCCUUUAUUUACUUUAGGAACGGCUUUUUUUGAUGACAGUCUUCCUACACAUAAAUCCUCACUAUACAUAGGCAUUGCAUAUGGGAUGAAUGUAGUGGGCCCUGCUGUUGGAUAUUUAAUGGGGGGAGAACUACUGAAUAUUUAUAUUGAUUUUGAAAAAGUAGAUAGUAUUCCUUUGUCUUCUAAUGACCCCCGAUGGCUUGGCGCAUGGUGGAUUGCCUUCUUAAUCGUGGGUCUGGUGACCUGGUUGCUGAUUAUUCCUUUCUCCUGCUUUCCCAAACACUUGCCAGGUACGGCUGCAGUACAGUCUGAACGGAUUUCACAAGCACAUAACAAUGGAAGUGAAAGCGUUGUUGAGUCGAAAAAUAUUGGCAAAAGUUUUAAAGAUUUUCCUUUGGCUUUAUGGCUUAUGUUGAAAAAUCCUGUUUUCAUGACUCUAACAUUUGCAAGCUGUGCAGAUGCACUUAUCACCACUGGCUUUGCAGCUUUUCUUCCCAAAGUUAUUGAAAACCAGUUUUCACUAACAUCAAGCUUCUCAGCAAUCCUUGGAGGUGCUAUACUGAUUCCAGCAGCGGCCCUUGGACAAAUAAUAGGUGGCAUUAUUAUGUCAAAAUUCAAGUUUGGCUGUAAAAAAAUGAUUCAGUUUUCCAUUGCAUCUUCAUUUAUAUCGCUUGUUCUGGCAACAGUGUUUAUAUUUGCUAAAUGUGGAAAUGACCCAUUUGCUGGUGUUUCUGUGGCCUAUAAUGGGACUGGAGAAAUUGGAGAUUUGUCAGCCCCAUGUAACAGCAACUGUUCAUGUGCUCGCUCAUUUUAUGACCCAGUGUGUGGAGCUGAUGGAGUGCAGUAUUUUUCAGCAUGUUAUGCCGGAUGCAGUUCUCAAGCUUUAUCUAGUGAUGGUUCUAAAAAGAUUUAUUCUAAUUGUGAAUGUGUUGGGAAUCAAGUCCAAGAAAUAACACAAUGGGCAUUCAGCUUAAAUGUUACAGAUGCUGUAUCUGGAAAAUGUGAAAGCUCUUGUACAAACCUGAUAUUAUUCAUGGCCUUUUUCUUUUUUGUUGUUUUUACCACCUUCCUGAUUGCCACACCAGUAACCAUGGCCGUUAUCAGAUGUGUACCCGACACACAGAGGUCAUUUGCUCUUGGUGUGCAGUGGACAUUUAUUCGUUUAUUAGGGUCCAUUCCGGGACCAAUAACAUUUGGAGCUGUCAUGGAUAGCAGCUGUAUUUUAUGGAACCUGAAUGAUUGUGGGACACAGGGAGCUUGCUGGACAUACGAUAAUCAUGGCGUAGCGUACAAACUGCUUGGCAUCAGUGCAGGAAGCAAAGUCAUCACAAUAGUCUUCCUUUUUAUUGCAAAUUUUAUCUAUAAACCUCCACCAAGCAAACCUGACUCUUCACAGAGUAACGGAGAGAUCACCUCUUCAGAGGCACUUUAGGAGGACAAUAAUAGACAUAGUAAAGUACAUCAUUAAUUUUGUAUAAUAAUAUACUUAAUGUUUGGUUCUUACUCUGUUCUUCCCCAAAAAAUCAAAAUAAGCUGAAUAAAUAAAUGGAAUUUGUAACUGUGGAAAAUAAUAUUUCCCAUGAGACAUUUUAUUAGGUGAAGAACUGAGGUCUGAAUAACACAAAAGCUGUCAU